AGGUGGGUGGAGCCCUCCAGAGCUGAAGCACCGCAGCCCUUCCUGGCUUGAGGAGGGGGCGAGAGUGGUCUUUUUGUGCUCCCAGGCGCUUCAUCAGUGGCCCCUUUAGGGAUCUGGACUUGUAACCUCCAGUUGGGACAGACUUUGGCAGAAGAGGGAGGAGUCUCUUGGGCCUGGUUAGAGACUUCCUUGGAGCACAAAUCAAAGAUGAAGAAAAAAGACUCAGCUGGCCCUGAAGCAGGAAGGGGCUCUCGGAUCGCCCAGGCGAGGAGCAGUGGAGGAUUCUGGGAAAGAACAGUGCAAAACAGUAGUGCAGGUGGCGAAGAUACCCUCGGGUCAGAAGUGCAGCGCCAGCGCUUCAGGCAUUUCCACUACCAGGAGGCCGAGGGACCCCGAGGGGUUUGCAGCCGACUCCACCGUCUCUGCCAUCAGUGGGUGAAGCCAAAGCGACACACGAAGAAUGAGAUUCUGGACCUGGUGAUCCUGGAGCAGUUCUUGGCUGUCCUUCCACAGGAGAUGGCGAGCUGGGUGAGGGAAUGUGGAGCGGAGACCAGUUCCCAGGCGGUGGCCCUGGCCGAAGGUUUCCUGCUGAGUCGGGCAGAGGACAAGAAGCGGGCAGAGCAGCAGGGAAAGCGUCUGUUUGCAGGAGUGAACCCAGACCUCCAUGAGGCAGACGGGACUCCAUUGGGCAUCAGACAGAGGCCACUGGGGGAUGAAAUGAUGCCCGCAAGACCUCCUCAGCUAUCUCUUCUUUGUGGUGGAGGGGCAGCAGUGAUUGUGGAACUGGAUCAGGGUCCGCCAUCCUUUGAGGAUGUGGCUGUGCAUUUCACGGAGGAGGAGUGGGCUCUGCUGGAUCCUGACCAGAGGGCGCUGCACAGGGAAGUCAUGGAGGAGAAUUUUCGGAUCAUCACCUCUCUCGUUGCAGCAUGCGAAAAGAGCUUUUGUCAUAGCUCUGAUGUUACUACCCAUCAAAGAAUCCGUACAGGGGAGAAACCAUAUACAUGCUCUGAAUGUGGAAAGAACUUCAGUCAGAAGAUAAGCCUCAGGAGACAUCAAGUAACCCACCCAGGAGAGAAAUCAUAUAAAUGCAUGGUAUGUGGAAAGUGCUUCUGCCUGAACGAAGACCUCACUUCUCAUCAAAGAACUCACACGGGGGAGGAAUCAAAGAAUUCACGUAGCAGAAGAUAUCAGUGCUUGGAGUCUGGAGAAAGUUUCAGUGAGAUUAAAACCUUCACUUCUCAUCAAAGGAUUCAUACAGUGGAAAAACCGUAUAAAUGUUUGGAGUGUGGAAAGAGCUUCGGACAGAAUAUAACUCUCACCAAUCAUCAAAGGAUUCAUACAGGGGAAAAGCCAUACGAAUGCUUGGAGUGUGGAAAGAGCUUCAUUCGGAAGAUAAAUCUCACUUACCAUCAAAGAAUUCACACAGGGGAGAAACCAUACCAGUGCUUAGAGUGUGGAAAGAGCUUCAUUCGGAAGAUAAACCUCACUUGUCAUCAAACAAUUCACACAGGGGAGAAACCAUAUCAGUGCUUGGUGUGUGGAAAGAGCUUUAGACAGAAUAUAACUCUUACUAAUCAUCAAAGACUUCACACAGGAGAGAAACCAUAUCAGUGUUUGCAGUGUGGCAAGAGCUUUAUUCGAAAGACUGAUCUUAGUUAUCAUCAAAGAAUACACACAGGAGAGAAACCAUAUCAGUGCUUGGUGUGUGGAACAAGUUUCACACAGAAGAGGCACCUAACUUCUCACCAAACAAUUCACACAGGGGAGAAACCAUAUAAAUGCUUGGAAUGUGGAAAGUGUUUUCGACUGAACAGAGACCUCACUCCGCAUCGAAGAAUUCACACUGGGGAAAAACCAUAUCAAUGCUUGGAGUGUGGAAAAAGUUUCAAUACAAGUGCAAACCUACGUUGUCAUGAAAGAGUUCACACAGGGGUAAAACCAUAUAAAUGUUUGGAGUGUGGAAAGGGCUUCAGUGCGAAGAAAACAUUAACUUCUCAUCAAAGAAUUCACACAGAAGAAAAUCAUAUGAACGCUUGGAGUGUAGAAAGAGUUUCCAUAUGAAUACAGGCCUCAUUUCUCAUCAAAGAAUUAACACUGGGGAGGAAUCUUAUAAUGUGCUUCACUGAGAAGAUAUAUCUCAUUUUUCAUCAAAGAAUUCACGCAGAGAAGAAACCACAUAAUGGCUUGGAGAGUGGGAAGUGCUUUCUGCACAAUGACCUCACUUCUCAUCACACAGGAGAAAAACCUUACCAGUGCUUGAAAUAUAGGAAGAACUUCAGUAGAAAUAUAAACCUUCAUUGUCAUGAGACAAUUCACAUUGGAGUAAAACCAUAUAAAUAUCUUCUGGGAUGCCCUUUGGCCCUCAUCAAACCACAGCUCUCCUUUUUGGCUCACACCCCCCAUUUAAACGAAAGCCAUUUUUUGUCCAAUGUGGCAACUUGUGUUGUGAAAGAAAAACAAACAUUAGAAUUUCACUAGUUGCCUUUAAAAAAUUUUUUGUUAACAGUAUAGCUUAGAGGUAGAACUUAAGAGACAUAACUUUGAGGUAUACAGAAAAUGUGCAUAUCAAAAGUAAACCAUCAAAAUAAAUUUUACUGCCUCUCCUGCAAUUAAAAAUGUAGAGUAAACCCAUUGAAAUUAAUGAGCCAAAGUUAGGAGUGCAAUCCUAACCCUAGAUAUGCUGUGAUGAGGGGGUUUGGAACAGGCAGAUCCCUGGCUCAACUUGCUCAUCCCAGCUCAGCCAAGACCUGCAUAAAUUAAGCCAGAAUAAGUCUCCAAAAAUGGGCAUUCUGGAGGAAUGUUGGGGGUGGGACUGAAGAGGGGGAUUUGUGCUGGAUCCCAACUGCAUUCAGCCCAAUCACACAAUCUGGAAACUGGGUUGAAUUUACACCAGUGUAAGUCAAACUCUAUUUUACAGGCUUGUUUUCCCUCUGCCAGAUUUGGGCCAGCUCAGCCAACAGUAGCCCCUCUAAGAACACAAGAAAAGACUGCCGGAUCAGGCUAGUGGCCCAUCUAUUCCCUCAUCCUGUUCUCACAGCAGCCAACCAGAUGCCCAUGGGAAGCCUGCAAGGAGUAACUGAGUCCAAGAGCACUUUCCAUUCCUGUAGUUUCUAGCAACUGGUAUUCAGAAGCAUACUGCCUGCAACUAUGGAGAGAGAACAUAACCAUCUUGGCUAGUAGCCAUGGACUACUUUUGAAACCCCAGUACACUGUGUCCUGGAUCACCUCUAUCUAUAUGCCUGUUGACAUGCCCAAACAUUUCUUAACAGUAGUGAGGCAGGACUUACCUUUUUGCAGAAGCCACGCUGGUUCUGCUUCAGCAAGGCUUUUUCUUCCAUAUGCUUGGUUCUUUUAUCUUUGACAAUACUUUCCACCAGUUUUCCCAGGGCAGACAUUAAGCUAACUGGCCUGUCAUUUCCGGCAUCUCUGGUUAGGAUCUGGCAUACUUUAAGCCAGCUUCACUUAAGGCAGCAUCCACAAAGUCUGCCAGCCUCCACCUGCCUGUCUCCUUAGUUGUUGUUGUUGUUAUUAUUAUUAACUUUCAUUACCCACCCUUCACCAGAUAAUCCAAGGGCAGGUUACAACAGUUUAAAAUUUAAUAUUAAAAGCAGUUACAACAAAUUAUUGCAGAUGCCAGCAGAAUAAAAAAGCAUUAGCAAAAACGGCUUGUGAAUAAGUACAAGUUCCUUCGCCUGGAACCUCCACUCAAGAGUAGAUUAUCUGGGAUACUGGAUUUCUUUGCAUACGCAUUCUUGCCACCUUAUUCAUGGUUCUGCAACAGAACUACCCUAUACUAAUUAUGCUUUCUACUUAUAAUUCAUAUUUUUCUCCAAAGGAAUGCUUUCAUCAGACAUUACAUGCACAGAUCUAAUAUGCGUGUUUUUAAAUUGCUUUUUGAAAAUGUGUCUUUAAAUUUGUAUAUUUGUUUUUAAUGUUUUAAUUGUUGUAAACCGCCCAGAGAGCUUCGGCUAUGGGGCGGUAUACAAAUGCAAUAAUAAAUAAAUGACAUUCCCAGGACUGAGCUAGUCCUGAAAACUCCCAUCUCAGGUGUCAAAGGCCAGGGCAAAGAGGUCUUUACAACCAGUCUAGUGGCUGGUCCUCGUUGUGAGCCUCCUCCGUGGUCUCUUGCCUUGUUUUUGAGGAACUCAGAAGCGAGAAGGAUGGGGACGA